UCUAAAUUCUGUAACCAGGUCAACACAGAAUUCUAAAUUCUGUGAUGUAACUUCUACACACGCAGUACAGAAAUCUCAUCAGACCAUCGAUAGCUAGUGACAGAGCAACACAGUGAACAGCGAUCAGCAGCCAUUUUACAGCUUUAGCAGCGAUUAGCAGUGUAUUUGCAGUCACUAGCAGCGUUUAAGAAGUGUUUAACACAGCUUUAGCAGCAUUUGAACAUCGUUAAUCCAACAAUGGCUGCAUUAUUUGUCCGGAAUCUUCACCCUGGAGUGGCAGAGUGGAUGAUUGCUGAAAGGUUCAGCCCUGCAGGACAUGUUGAAUCUGUCCAUAUUUGCAGGGACAGGAAGACCGGCGCCUCGCUCGGCUAUGCCUACGUCAACUUCCGGCAUCGACACCAAGCUGAGCGAGCGCUGGAAAUGUUCAACUUUGAACCUCUUCUGGACAGACCCAUGCACGUCAUGUGGUCUGACAGGGAGCCAGCGGCUAAGAGGACCAUACAGUCAGCGGCGGCAGCCAUCGAGCGGCGCAAUGGGAUGAUGCUGAACGACCGCGAAGUCACCAUCAAGGCUGAGGAUCGCCCCAGCUCCCAACACCAUGCCAGCAACCUCUUCAUCAAGAACCUCAACAGCACUAUUGAUGAUGAGUGUCUGCGCAUGGUGUUCGGACAAUUCGGGAGGGUCACCAGUGCCAAGGUGAUAACUGAGAACGGGCGAUCCAAAGGCUUCGGCUUCGUGAGUUUCACAUCAUCCCAGGAAGCAGCGAUGGCCAAGAACGCCAUGAACGGCAGGAUCUGGGGCGGGAAGCAGAUCCUUGUGGGAGAGGCUCUCAGAAAACAGGAACGCCAGGCUCGCCUUGAACAUCAGAAGGCUCAGGAACUGUUUGGGCUUGAGCUCACCAAGCCCACCACAGCACUGAGGAAACCUGUGCUGCCUCCCAACCUGAAGAGCACCAUAGCUGUUGAGACAGCUCCCACUGAGGACCCUGUCCAAGCCAUCCCAGCCACAAAUACAGCUCCCACUGAGGACCCUGUCCAAGCCGUCCCAGCCACAAAUACAGCUCCCACUGAGGACCCUGUGCAAGCCGUCCAGGCGAUAAAUAUGGCUCCCACUGAGGACCCUGUGCAAGCCGUCCAGGCGAUAAAUAUGGCUCCCACUGAGGACCCCGUCCAAGCCGUCCCAGCCUUGAAUACGGCACCCACUGAGGACCCUGUGCCAGCCGUCCCAGCCACAAAUACGGCUCCCACUGAGGACCCUGUGCCAGCCGUCCCAGCCACAAAUACGGCUCCCACUGAGGACCCUGUGCCAGCCGUCCCAGCCACAAAUACGGCUCCCACUGAGGACCCUGUGCAAGCCGUCCCAGCCACAAAUACGGCUCCCACUGAGGACCCUGUGCAAGCCGUCCCAGCCUUGAAAACGGCACCCACUGAGGACCCUGUGCAAGCCGUCUCAGCCUUAAAUACGGCUCCCAUUAAGGGCCUUGGCCAAGCCAUACCAGCCAGAAGAAUGGCUCCAAACCUCACUUUGGUCACUUUGAUCAACAAAAACUGCAAAAAGGGUAAAAUUACUUUUAAAAAAUAAGAAACA